AUGGCAGACGAUACUGUAGCCCAGAUUAUUGUGAACAGCUUGUACAAUGCGGGUGUACGAGUUGUCUUCGGUAUCCCUGGUGCGAAAGUCGAUGCAAUCUUUGACUGUCUGCUAGACCAUCCAGAGAUCCGCCUGAUAGUCUGCCGGCACGAACAAAAUGCGGCAAUGAUGGCUGCCGCAGUUGGUCGCAUCACAGGCGUCCCAGGAGUUUGCGUCGCAACGUCGGGUCCAGGUGCGUCUAAUCUUGCAACUGGCCUGGUCACUGCCACCACCGAAGGAGAUCCUGUUGUUGCGAUAAUUGGUUCCGUUCCAAGACUUAUGAACACAAAACGAACACAUCAAUCGAUGAAGGCUCUGGAAAUCCUUGGCCCAACAUCUAAGACCGCCGUCGGCAUUGACAUUGAAGACCAGGCCGCGGAGAUAGUUCUUUCGGCGUUCAGGACAGCCAAUGCAUCGCCAAAAGGAGCCUCAGUAAUUUCGAUCCCUGCUGAUAUUGCGAAGGGAAGCUCUAAGCUCCUUCCUUUCCCCAGAGAGGCAUUUACUGCCCCAAGCUACGGUCCUGCCCCAAGGGUCACCCUGGACAAAGCCAUAACACUGAUCGGAAGUGCAACCCUUCCGGUCUUGUUCUUGGGGAUGAGGGCUUCUUCGCCCAAGGUGGUUGAAGCUGUUCGCAAGCUCAUCAGCAAAUAUCCCCUACUCACAAUCGAAACGUUUCAAGCUGCCGGCGCUGUCUCAAAGAAUCUGGCACAUUUGUUCUACGGACGGGUAGGGCUCUUCCGCAACCAGGUGGGCGACAAAUUACUCGCAAAGUCCGAUCUCGUCUUAGCUGUCGGAUAUGACCCAGUCGAGUACGACGCCAAUCUGUGGAAUCCGACCGGGUCACAGAAAAUCAUCCAUAUUGAUUACACUCCAUCCGAUUAUGGAGUGCACUAUCAUCCAGUUGCAGAGCUACUUGGAUCAGUCGUCGAAAACUUGAAUCAUCUCACAGCGAAUUUGGAAAAUGUGGUAGAUGCAUCCAAGACCGAAUUGGCUCAAACUUUAUCCAAGCAGUAUCUCGCAUGGCAAACCUUACCAGACACUUCGCGGGCCAGCGGCCUGGUGCAUCCUUUGCAUUUUAUCUCUCAACUCCAGCGACUUGUAUCUGAAGAUACAACGGUCGCAGUCGACGUGGGAACCGUUUACAUCUACAUGAUGCGUUUCUUUUUCUCAUACCAGCCCCGCCGACUUCUCUGCUCCGAUGGCCAGCAAACUCUCGGAGUUGCUUUGCCAUGGGCCAUUGCUUCGUCCUUGACCCAGUCCCCACCGUGUUCAUCCAAGGUGGUCUCCUUGAGCGGCGACGGUGGCUUUAUGUUCUCCUCUCAGGAGAUGUCUACGGCUGUCCAGCAAGGAUGCAAUAUCACUCAUUUCAUAUGGAACGACAACGCGUACAACAUGGUUCAGUUUCAAGAGGAAAUGAAAUACGGCCGAAGUAGCGGAGUCGCUCUGGGAGGUGUUGACUUUGUCAAGUUUGCGGAGAGCUUUGGGGCAAAGGGAUUCAGGAUCAACGAUUCGUCCGAGAUUGAAGAAGUCAUGAAGCAAGCACUGGCACACCCUGGUGUUUCUCUGGUUGAUGUGAACAUCGACUAUCGCAACAACAAAGAGCUUGCUAAGCACGUCAUUGAAAGCGAGUUUAAUUAA